AUGUUGAUGCUCAUGUAUAUGAAAUUAAAACCAAUGAUACAUGCGAACACUUUGAAAGUCGCGAAGCACCCUUAUCUCGUUGGUGUACAAACGCCGAACCUCGAGUGUGCUCCGUCGAGACAGGCAAGCAAGAGCACAGAAGUGCAGUUAGCAAGUUCAGCUGUUCGGCAGUUUAUCUUGAGCACCCUCUGUCUCUCCGCAGCUGCUACGUGA